AUGAACUACGUGGCUGAAAUUCACUCAACGGGCCCGAUUGUCGUCCACUGCAGCGCUGGCGUCGGUCGCUCGGGUUCCUACAUUUUGGUGGACAGCAUGCGACGACAUUUGAUCAGUUUUCGCAAAUUAAAUCUCAUGGGUCAUCUAAUUCAUAUGAGGAGACAAAGAGAAAAACUUGUCCAAACCGUGGUAAGUAAGAGAUUACUAUGA